GACAGUCGCCGGGAUGAGCUCCGAGGUGGACGGUGGGCCGGAAAGCUCGGGGAGGGCCCCGGAGCUCCAGAUUGAAGAUCUCAAACAGACAAAUCAUGACUUGGAAGAAUAUGUUAGGAAACUCUUGGAUAGUAAGGCGGUGGUAAGCAGUCAAGUAGACGAUUUAACCAACCACAAUGAGCAUCUUUGUAAUGAGUUAAUUAAAAUCGACCAACUAGCAGAGCAACUAGAAAAAGAGAAAUUUUUUGUGGUGGAUUCCGCCAACAAGGAACUUGAAGAAGCAAAGAUUGAAAUCAUUUGCCAGCAAAAUAAUAUAACAGUAUUAGAAGAUACAAUAAAAAGGCUUAGAUCUAUAAUUUUAGAGACUGAAAAAGCACAAAAUAAAUCUCCUUCUAGACUUGAUUCCUUUGUCAAGACUUUAGAAGCAGACAAAGAUUACUAUAAAAGUGAAGCUCAAAAUUUGAGGAAAAUGAUCAGAAGUAGAUCAAAAAGUCCAAGACGUCCAUCUCCAUCUUCCCGGGGUACCAACUGUGAUGUCGAUCUUUUGAAGAAUACCACAAGAGAUCGUGAAGAACUUAAAUGCAUGUUAGAAAAAUAUGAGCGGCAUUUGGCAGAAAUUCAGGGUAAUGUCAAGGUUCUUACAUCUGAGAGAGACAAGACCUUUCUUCUUUAUGAACAGGCACAAGAAGAAAUUGCCAGACUUCGGCGAGAAAUGAUGAAAACCUGUAAAUCUCCUAAAUCAACAACAGCUCAUGCUAUUCUUCGACGAGUGGAAACGGAGAGAGAUGUAGCCUUUACCGAUUUAAGAAGAAUGACUACAGAGAGAGAUAGUCUGAGGGAAAGGCUAAAGAUUGCUCAAGAAACAGCAUUUAAUGAGAAGGCUCACUUGGAACAAAGGAUAGAGGAGCUGGAGUGUACAGUUCAUAACCUUGAUGAUGAACGUAUGGAGCAAAUGUCAAAUAUGACUUUGAUGAAGGAAACCAUAACCACUGUGGAAAAAGAAAUGAAAUCACUAGCAAGAAAAGCAAUGGACACUGAAAGUGAACUUGGAAGACAAAAAGCAGAGAAUAAUUCUUUGAGACUUUUAUAUGAAAACACAGAGAAAGAUCUUUCUGAUACUCAACGACAUCUUGCUAAGAAAAAGUAUGAGCUACAACUUACUCAGGAGAAAAUUAUGUGCUUGGAUGAAAAAAUUGGUGAACAGUCUACAGAAGCCCUAAUUAUGUGUGAACAAGAUAUUUCCAGAAUGCGCCGGCAACUGGAGGAAACAAAUGAUGAGCUGGGUCAAAUUGCUAGGGAAAGAGAUAUCUUGGCUCAUGAGAAUGACGCUCUCCAAGAACAGUUUGCCAAAGCCAAACAAGAAAACCAGGCACUGUCCAAAAAAUUGAAUGAUACACAUAAUGAACUUAAUGACAUAAAACAGAAGGUCCAAGAUACUAAUUUGGAAGUUAACAAGCUGAAAAAUAUAUUAAAGUCUGAAGAAUCUGAGAACCGGCAAAUAAUGGAUCAACUCCGAAAAGCCAAUGAAGAUGCUGAAAACUGGGAAAAUAAGGCUCGUCAAAUGGAGGCAGAUAACAAUACCCUCAAAUUGGAACUUAUCACUGCUGAAGCAGAGAGUAACAGAUUAAAAGAAAAAGUAGAAGCUCUCAACAGAGAGGUUGAGCAACACUUAAAUGCAGAAAGGUCUUACAAGUCCCAGAUUUCAACCUUACAUAAAUCUGUUGUGAAGAUGGAAGAAGAGCUUCAGAAGGUUCAGUUUGAAAAAGUAUCUGCACUUGCAGAUUUGUCUUCCACAAGGGAACUCUGUAUUAAACUUGACUCAAGCAAAGAGCUUCUGAAUCGGCAGCUGGUUGCUAAAGAUCAAGAAAUAGAAAUGAUGGAGAAUGAGUUAGAUUCUGCUCGUUCUGAAAUAGAACUCCUCAGGAGUCAAAUGACAAAUGAGAGAAUCUCCAUGCAGAAUCUAGAAGCUUUGCUGGUGGCCAAUCGAGACAAAGAAUAUCAGUCUCAGAUAGCACUUCAAGAAAAAGAAUCUGAAAUUCAGCUUCUUAAAGAGCAUCUUUGCUUGGCAGAAAAUAAAAUGGCCAUCCAGAGUAGAGAUGUGGCCCAGUUCAGAAAUGUUGUAACACAAUUGGAAGCGGAUUUAGACAUUACUAAAAGACAGUUAGGGACAGAACGCUUUGAAAGGGAAAGAGCUGUCCAAGAACUUCGCCGCCAAAAUUACUCAAGUAAUGCUUAUCAUAUGAGUUCAAUGAAGCCAAAUUCAAAAUGUCAUUCACCAGAACGUGCUCACCAUCGAUCUCCUGACCGAGGACUAGACCGAUCACUAGAAGAGAAUCUUUGCUAUAGAGACUUCUGACAUGUAGUAAGAUUCUUCACAUCCUUGGAAAGGUCAAAGUUACAGACGGAUUUUUUUUUGCUAUAUGAUUGCAUUUAUCUUUUGAAUGCUUGACGGUGUUAAAUUUUAUUAAUUUUGUGCUUCUGAAUCUGUUCUCAUGUGCCAUAUUGCAGUGAUCUGAGAUGACAUAUACAAACAAAAAUGCAUAUGGCUCUUCUAUCCAUACAGUAAUAGUGAGUGUAAAAUCUGCUUACUUCACUAUUGAACACUGUUUUGUUAACUAUCCGGAGUAAAUAAAGAAGCUUAAAAAAAAAGAGGGAAAAGUGUUUUUACAAAACUGAUUUCCUUUACUUUCUUGGUAUCUCAAAUUACUGGUUGGUUAAAUUUUUUCUUUGUGAUUUAUGUUUUCAUGGCCUGAGAAAUUGUGCCAAAAUAGGCAGUUUGACAACACUGGCCUGGGACCCAAUAUUGCAUUUUGGAACCAACCUGACAUAAAUUCCAUGCCACAGUCUGACUUCAAAGCAGCAGAAAGAGGAGUGUGUCAGGGUUUUAAAUCUGUACUAUUGUACCAUUCUAAAACUAAUUAACAUGCAUUUUCUACAAUUGUGUUUACUUCUAUUUUUAGAAAGGUAGGUGAUGAUAUAUCUGUCAAGAAUGUAAGAUCUUUAAAAAUUUGUAUUUUUAAGAAGUUUUCUUUAAAAUAUUAAAGUACUGCAAUCAACUUAA